GCGAGGGGGAGAUGGGGCGCGCGCGGCGGCGGGCGGGAUGGCGGUGAGCUGCCCCGAGGUGAUGUACGGGGCCUACUACCCCUACCUAUACGGCCGCGGCGCCGCGCGCUCCUUCCACCACGCGCCGCACUUCCAGUACGACCGGCUGAACGUGCAGAGCGCGAGUAAUGGGGGCGAGUACGGCGGCGCGGCGGCGCUCAGCUCGGGCUCGGCGUCGUCGGGCGCGCAGUCCCCCGGCUCGCCGCCGCACGCGCACCUCGCGCACGCUCACGCGCACCUCGCGCACGCCCACGCGCACGCGCACGCGCACCACUCGCCGCGCCUGCGCGCCAAGGAGGAGGACCUGUCGGCGCACGGCCGCACCAGCGCCGACGGCGGCGGCUCCUCGGAGUCGGACGGCGAGUGCGGCGCUGGAGCCGGCCGAGCGCGCGCGCAGUACGUCAGCGCCAACUGCGUCGUGUUCACGCACUACGCCGGCGACGUCGCCGCCGUCGUCGACGAGCACUUCGCCCGCGCCCUCGCCGUCGACAAACCCAAAGAGGGUGUGCCGAUGGCGUCGCGCAACCUGCCCGCGUCGUUCUUCAACGCGAUGGCGGCGGGCGGCGGCGGCGGCGGCGGCGGGAGCGGGGGCGGGGGCGGGCACUGCGGGGGGCUGGAGCUGUACGAGUACGACCCCUGGCACCAGCACUACGGGUACCCGCACCGCCACGCGGCCGAGUAUCACGCGCAGCACAUGGGCUACGGCGGGCUGCUGCUGGGCCGCGGCUCGCUGCACGCCCAGUACAAGCCCGUCGACUGGGGCCCGCAGCACCUCGACCCCGCCGCCUGCGCGCCGUACUCCUACCCCGCGCCGCCCGGUCUGGAGGCGCAGGUGCAGGACACGUCGAAGGACCUGUACUGGUUCUGAGCUGAGCGGGAACUGUGAUAUAUGUGACCUGUGCACGGACCACGUGCUUGUAUAUUAGUGCUGUGACGCGCGGGGGUCUCUGACGUCGGGUGAGGGCACAAAGAUGGGGCAGUGUUCAGGAUGCUGAGAGAAGCACCGCGGCACCAGCGAUUGGAUCUCAACAAACUCGAUGACGCCGAAAAUCAAAUAUCACGAUGAGAUAUUAAAUGAAAUAUAACAUGUAAACUAAGAAGAUAAACAUCUGUUAAAAAUAGUUUGUUUGCACACUUAGGGUCAAUUCAGACCUCAACGCCACGCGUAGAUGCAUUUGU